UGUAAAUCUGGACAGUAAUGCCCCGCCGAUAAUUCACGAGGCCCUGUAAAAAGUCGACAUUUAAGUGCCCCGGGUCCACAAAUCAGCGGCACCAAAUUAUGAGUUCGCUCGACUUCUCCAACCCGCUGUUUUCCAAAUACCAGCAAGUCGCUGCGAGCUGCUCCGCUGCUGCUAUUCUCUUCACAGAUCCUCCAACUUCUCCCUUCCCGACUUCCUCUGCUGCUCCUGCCGUGUCUUCGUGCGCCCUCGUGUCCAGGGGAUAUCACCUCCAUGUCUCCAGCGGGAGACACGGCAGCAGGGAGCUCCCUCCACCUCUUUCCCCCCUUUCUGCAUCUCCUUCCUCCUCCUCUCCCCCCCACCCCUCUUCCUCCUCCUCGUCGUUCUGUUUUUCCCCUUCGGGACUGAACCGGAGCAGCGGGAGUAUCCAGAACACUGCGCACAAUUUCAACCCUGCUGAAGUGCGCACAGGAGGUGUUUAUAGCGCGGCAGGAGCCAGGCCGCUGAGCUCCUCUCUGCAGGGGUUCCCCGGUCCGCCUCAGCUCCGCUCGCUGACCGGGGUCCCUGAGCAGUCCUACACGGGACAGAGUUGCCCAAAGCAGCAGCAGCAGCAGCAGCAGCGGAGGUUAAACGAGGAGGAGCUACGGAUUUACCCCUGGAUGAGAAGCUCAGGUGCCGACAGAAGGCGCGGGCGGCAGACGUACACCCGUUAUCAGACGCUCGAGCUGGAGAAGGAGUUUCACUUCAACCGGUACCUCACGCGGCGGCGGCGGAUCGAGGUGGCGCACGUGCUCUGCCUCACGGAGCGGCAGAUCAAGAUCUGGUUCCAGAACCGGAGGAUGAAGUGGAAGAAGGAGAACAGAAUGACCGGGAGCGGCUCUACAACAGCACCUUUACCUGCUGCUGGAGAUGAUGGUGAUGGUGAGGAGGAGGAAGAGGAGGAGGAGGAGGAGGAGGAGGGAUAA